UAUCACUGCCACACAUUUAAAAAUUGUUCUGAUCGUUGAAUAAAGUAGUCAUAGAUUCGUAAUGCUAAACACUGCUGUCGCAUCAGCCACGCACCGACGUGCAAAUGAAGCGCACACGUGAUCCGAUACCACGCAUGCGUCAAAUCUACCAAAGGCCCGGUAGUAGCCGGUGUGCUAUUCGAAUAAGCGACAACUUUCAAACGUUUUCCACUAUUCUGACGGUAUUUUAACCUGUAUUCACACACCCCAAAUAGAGGUUGGUCCAGUUUACCUCUAGAAUGUCCUUCCCCCCUCACCUAAACCGGCCGUUGUUGCCACCUCCUGGCAUUCCUCCACAAUACGCUGGAUUCACCUCAGGAGCGCCAAUGAUCCCUGUUCACAUGGGUAUAAUGGCUCCGUCUCCUGCAGUGAUGGUUUCUUCCUUGGCAGUGGUCAGCAAGCCUCCAGUUCCCAAGAAAGAUGUUCAGGCAUUGCAAGCAAAACAUGAUGAGAGCAGUGGGCCCACCACCACUGUAUUUGUAGGGAAUAUAUCAGAGAAAGCUUCAGACAUGCUCAUCAGACAGCUCCUUGCGAAAUGUGGGAUUGUUUUGAGUUGGAAGAGAGUCCAAGGAGCCUCUGGCAAGCUUCAAGCUUUUGGAUUUUGUGAGUACAAGGAGCCAGAAUCUACGUUACGAGCCUUGAGGCUGCUGCACGACUUGCAGAUUGGCGAUAAAAAUCUUCUCGUGAAGGUGGAUGCAAAGACAAAGGCUCAGCUGGAUGAGUGGAAGGCUAAGAAAAAGACUCUGAACGGAAAUAAAAAGGCAGAAAGUGGAGGAGAUGAUGAGGAAGAGGUUCUAGACGAGGAGACUACAAAGAAGGAUCAGAUUGUUAAAGGUGCCAUCGAUAGCUUGAUGCGGGAGUAUGCGGCCGAACUGAACGCACCGUCACAAGAUGAGGACUCCCAGCGACGAAAGAGGAAAAAAGAGAAAAAGGAAGAGGAUGACAUCAAUGCUAUUGAUAUGGAGGAGGACAAGAGAGACCUGAUUUCAAGAGAGAUUAGUAAAUUUCGAGACACCCACAAGAAACUGGAAGAGGAGAAGGACAAGAAGGAAAAGGAACGGGUGGAGUUUGAACGGGAAAGGAGGGAACGAGAAAAGGAGCGCGAGCGAGAGAGGGAGCGACGCGACCGCGAGAGGGAGAAGGAACGGGAGAGGGAACGGGAAAGAGAGCGCGAACGGGAGAGAGACCGAGACAAAGAUCGUGACCGUAGGACCAGAGAAAGAGAACGAGAUAGAGAUUGGGAGACGGACAGAGGCGGAGACCGAAGCCGCUCCAGGGAGAUAAGUCGAGACCGAGACAGAGAAAAGAAGAGAGACCAGGAGGAUGAGGAGGAGGCGUAUGAACGAAGGAAACUGGAGAGGAAACUUAGAGACAAAGAAGCAGCCUAUCAGGAGCGCCUUAAAAACUGGGAGCUCCGGGAAAGGAAGAAAUCCCGGGAUUACGCUAAAGACACAGAGAGAGAAGAUGAGCGUCGGCGAGAAAUGAUCAAAGAAGGCAAAAGGUUAAAAGAGUUCCUUGAAGACUAUGACGACGACAGAGAUGACCCAAAAUACUUCAGGGGCAGUGCACUGCAGAAACGCCUGAGAGACAGAGAAAAGGAGAUAGAAGCAGACGAGCGUGACAGGAAGAGAGAGAAGGAGGAGCUGGAGGAAAUCAGACAGAGGCUGUUAGACGAGGGGCAUCCAGACCCAGACGCUGAGCUGCGCAGGAUGGAAGAGGAGGAGGAGGAGCGUCUGAGACAACCUACCAUCCUCCAGGAACUGGAGCCCGCAGAGGUGCGUGAGCAUCGCAGAAGUUCACGAGACCACCGGGAACGCCGAGGGGAAGCACAGCAGUCCCAAGCGCGGCCCCCCCACUCAGAUGAUGAUGUAGAAGAAGGCGAGGGUGAAGGAUAUGACAAUGAUGUUGAAAUCCCUGAAACAAAGGUCAGCAUAAAGCCCAAGAUGAGGCCGAUUACUGCUGCACCCUCGGUGUCAUCGGUCAGUGCCAAUGGGUCUCCCAACACACCAGGAGAUGAGUCGCCUUGUGGCAUCAUCAUUCCGCAUGAGAACUCGCCUCCAGAUGCCCUGCCGCAUGAGGAAAACCGACCAAAGUUUGGCCUCAGUCUCAAACUAGGUGCUACAGGAAGUCCCAGUCAACCCAAUGUCGGUAAAAGGAAGAAGCUCCCAGUGGACAGUGUCUUUGAUAAGUUUGAUGAUGAAGAGGCCGAUGAGCAGCCGCGCAAACGUAAACUGGUGCCACUGGACUACGAUGAUGACAAGAGCCUGGGAGUGGACGGCGCUGGACUUGCCAACAUCAAGGGUGCCAACUCUGAAGAGAAACGCAAACACAUCAAGAGUCUAAUAGAAAAGAUUCCUACGGAAAAACCGGAACUGUUCUCGUACUCGCUGGACUGGACCAUGGUGGAUACGACGUUAAUGGAACGACGCGUUCGUCCCUGGAUCAACAAAAAGAUCAUUGAGUACAUCGGAGAGGAAGAGGCGACAUUAGUGGACUUCGUGUGCUCCAAGGUGAUGGCCCACAGUAUGCCACAGAGCAUUCUGGAUGAUGUUGCCAUGGUUCUUGACGAAGAAGCUGAGGUUUUCAUAGUGAAGAUGUGGAGGUUGCUCAUCUAUGAGACGGAGGCGAAAAAGAUUGGGCUGGUAAAAUGAGGAAAAAGAAAGACGGAGAGAUGGACUUUGUUUUUAUAACGUAUUACUAAAACUGGUCUUUUGGUCCCCCAUCUUAACAAAUCAAGUUGUCUGCAGAAGUGGAAACUGUGAAAUUGGAAACUUCAUUCUGACAUUUACGUCCCGUGGCUGUACGUCGACACACAGGCUGAAACCACGUCUCUUUCUGUUUAGCUGUAGCUAACUCUGUAUGUAAAUUAAUGUAAAUACAGUACGUCACUGUAUGAAGUGAGAGGAAUCUGCUGACAGACGGGAAGAUGAGCUGCUGUGCUGCCACACAUGUUGUUUGUGUCCACACUGACAGACAUUUAAUUGGAAGGCUUUAUCUGCAGGCAGUCUACCAGUGGCAGGUUUACUGCCUUCAUCAGCUACAAUACUUAAGGUAAGAUGAUGUUCAGGACAACCAGGAUGUGAUUAUAAUUUGCAGUACAUAGUUAUUUAUUCAGUCUGAAGUUGCUGUCUGAGCUGUGGUAAGGAUGUCCAACUGUAAUUGUUUUUCCAGUAACAUUCCAGACGAAUAAUUGGAGCGGUUCUUUGUCUUUAACUAAGCGGUGUGAGAAAGGGAUCCACAAAGUGUUUCUCAAGUUAGGUUGUGAUGUCCCUUUUGAAAUCCACACCAAAUUCAUAACCACUGAAGAGGAAAGAAAAACGGAGAAGCUGUAGUUCAUUAAAAGAUGAAGGUGCUCUUGAUAGUUUUUGUAUCAAUCGACAUUUGAAUAAAAGUGAAUGUUUGUUUUGUA